UUGAAAAAUGGCUGUUGUUGAGUCUCUGCUGUAUAUUCCAGGUGUCGCAGGUACAUUACUGGGAGCUUUGCUGUUGUUAUUGCUCUUAUCUCGCCUUUCCUCAGACUACAAAUCUCAGAAAGAAGGGAAAGAGCCACCGGGACCCAAACACUUGCCACUAUUGGGAAACUUGCUGACGCUUGACCUAACGAGACCUUUUGACAGCUUUUGUGAGCUCUCCAAGACCCACGGGAACAUAUUCCAAGUGUUUUUGGGUCCUAAAAAAGUUGUGGUAUUAGUUGGAUACAAAACCGUCAAAGAGGCUCUUGUCAACUAUGCAGAUGAGUUUGGGGAGCGAGAUAUUACACCUGGUUUCAGGAUACUUAAUGAUGGUCACGGGAUCCUCUUUUCCAAUGGAGAGAACUGGAAAGAAAUGCGACGCUUCGCUCUCAGCAACCUUCGGGACUUUGGGAUGGGCAAGAGAGGAAGUGAAGAGAAAAUUAUAGAGGAAAUUCAAUAUCUGAAAGGAGAAUUUGAUAAGUUGGAAGGGAAACCCUUUGACACGACACGGCCUGUGAACUACGCUGUGUCAAACAUCAUCUCGUCUAUCGUGUACGGCAGCAGAUUUGAAUACACUGACCCUCGAUUCACUGAAACAGUCGACAGAGCAAAUGAAAAUGUUCGGGUUAGUGGAUCGGCAUCUAUGAUGCUAUACAAUAUAUUUCCAUGGUUGGGUCCAUUCCUAAACAGCAAAAGGAUUAUUAUGAGGAAUUUGAAGAAAAAUAGAGCAGAAAUUGUGAAAUUAAUCACUGGACUGCAGGAGACUCUAAAUCCACGUGACCAAAGAGGGUUUGUCGACUCUUUUCUCAUCCACAAACAGAGUGAUGAGAAAUCCGGCAAGGAGGACUCGUACUUUCACCAUGAGAAUCUUCUCAUGUCGGUGGGAAAUCUGUUUGUUGCUGGUACUGACACCACAGGAACGACUCUGCGCUGGGGUUUGAUGCUUAUGGCCAAAUACCCUCAUAUACAGGAUCGAGUUCAGGAGGAGAUUGAUAAAGUGAUCGGUGGACGUCAGCCAGUGGUGGAAGACAGAAAGAAAUUGCCAUAUACAGAUGCUGUGAUUCAUGAAACCCAGAGACUGGCAAACAUAGUACCCUUGAAUCUCCCUCAUAUGACCAGCUGUGACGUUACCUUCAAUGGAUACUUCAUCAAGAAGGGCACCACUGUAGUUCCUCUGCUGACGUCUGUUUUGAAGGAUCCAAGCGAAUGGGAAAAACCAAACAGCUUUUACCCAGAACACUUCCUUGAUGAGAAGGGCCAGUUUGUGAAGAGAGAUGCUUUCAUGCCCUUUUCUGCAGGCCGCAGGAUGUGUCUUGGGGAGAGUUUGGCCAGGAUGGAGCUCUUCCUGUUCUUCACUUCCCUCCUUCAGAGCUACCGCUUCACAACUGCACCUGGAGUGUCUGGAGAUGAGCUGGAUCUCAAAGGAGUAGUCGGAAUAACGUUGAAUCCGUCUCCACACAAGCUGUGUGCGAUCAGACGCUCCUGAUACUUGACAAUAAAAUCAAAUGAUGACUUAUUUUGAGUAAGAACUGUCAUGAUUUAGCUUGAUCUGAGUAAAUGCACAAAAUGUUAGUUGGCAAAUAACUUCAAAAACCUGAUGAGAAAAGUGUAAAACCCCUUUUUUUUUUUUUUUUUUUUACUUUUUUACUACUUAGUUAUGUUUUUGGCAUAACUUCUCUUAAGUAGCAGGUGCAUGUGUUGUAUUUUUUCAUUUUCUGUAUUUGUUAUGCUGUUACAAUUUUGUAGUAAAAAAAAUGGUAAUUUAA